AUGGUGCACCCAAAUACACGUCGCUCAACAGCGCUGCUAGUGCUGGUUGCUCUGGCACAUGUGGUGCACCAUAGCUUCGUGGUUGCUCCGUUGCCGGCACUUCCGGUUCAUUGCUCCGUGCGUCCUUCUGGCAUUACCAAGACGCUCGUGUUGCGCCAGGUGGGCGCAAAUCAGCAUUGGCCGUAUGGACUGGUGGGCGAUGAGAAGUCCUAUGCCCGUCAGGUGGAUGGCAACUUCUUCGCCGAUGUCAAGAACAGUAGCUUUUUCCUGAAAGCUUUGAAGGAAGAUGCCCGGGAUAAGCAAGUGGAUGCAGAUGCGCACCUAAAAACUGUGCGACUUAAUGCCAAGAAGUUCAUGCAGGGAAACACGAUAGUCGACCGCAAGGCUUUCAUUCAGAGCCUCACGGAUGCGAUCUUCGAAGACGGCAAGCGCCAGGUGAAAACAGGACAAUCCUGCUGGUCAACACGCAGGCAGAUGCCUGCCAAAGAUUUCUACGAGGCCACGCUGUCAGUGGCAAGUAAGCAGACUAAUGUUCUAGACAUCCUCACGCAGCUGCCGCUCGUUGGAAAACGGUUUCGUGCUGGACCACAGUCCCGAGUCUGGCGGUUCAUCCAGCAACUGCCCUUCAUGGCGCCCGCGCUUGGGGCUUUGCGAGCUGGAGUGGCAACAGCGGCUGCACCAUUAGCAAUGGCCGUUCAAAACUUCGUGAAAUCCCUGGACGACGACCACAAGGCACAGGCUUUGUCCGAGUUGGUUAAGAGCAUCGUAGAGAAGGGCAACGACACCACCAUCAUCAUCGACGAAGCGAACCUGGCGCUCCCCAACGACGGCAACGAUGCCAAAGCAGAGACAGUCAAGAGGGCUUUGGCUCAAAUCACCGGCAGCACCAAGGAGGCCUUCCAAGCCUCUGUCGUCCUCAUCAGCUCCGAGCACGGCUACCCCUUCAAGUUGGCCAAAGCCGGUCUCAACCUGGUGGACAUCAAGAACAUUAUCAUUGCUCCGGAAGUGCCGCCGGUCGACAUGUUCAAGAUGCUCACCGGCCACUGGGGCAUGGGGCCGAGACUCGACUCUUCGUGGCCACCUACGGCGGCUCUAUUGAUGAACAAACGCGACCAGUUCUAUCCGCUGCGCACUACAUCCGUUCCGGGCAUAGGCAACUGCUUGGGUCAGGAUGAUGCCCGCGAGCACCUCAUCAAUAUCGCGCUGGAUGGCUUUUCGCCCGUGUCGGUCUAUGAGACGGAUGAAGGUGCAAUCAGAGCAUCAGCCAAGAACGUGGCGGGCAUCAUUCCUGGCGAGGCCCAAGCGCCGGGUCUGUGGCCCGAGGUUUUCCACGAGACCGAUGAGAAGUACGUCCUGGUGGCCUCCACGCACCAUGUCCGAUUGUUGAUUUGCGAGGCGCUCCUCAACAAGGGCUACAUCCAGAACAACGGUGGCAACUUAGCGAGGGUUUCACCGAGUUGGUUUCAAAGCCUUCUCCAAAUAUUCAGAUGA